AUGGCGUCGUAUUCGCCUCUCCGAAUGCAUGAUCUAGAUCAUCAACCUGAAGACGGUGAAGAUGAUAUUCUCCUCCCCGGCAGACACAUCACCUCUGAGCACCGCACUAUGGACCCUCGAUCUAAACAGCCUGCUUGGGCAACGCUAGGAUUACAGGUCAUCGCAAUUAUUUGCGCGUGUGCACUGUAUAACAUUGCCUCUGCCUCUGUUUCCGGGAAGCGUAAUGUCCAAGGGCUGCGUCAGCCGAACCAGUUUCCAGGUAUAGAAUUAGUCGGCGACGCUCAACAAAAAGAAAAAGCACCAAAGUUGUUCUUUCCAAGUGCCAUAGUACGGGUGAACAAAGCCUUACCUGACCAAGUGUAUACUUCAAGCUCGCAUGUCAUACUGAGCGAUAGCGAUUCGAUGUUCUUUCAAUGGCAUCUCGGCCGGUCCAGAUUCACGUCUUGCUAUAUCGACAGCAUCGUUCCCACUGUUGAAGAUGGUCUUGCGGCCAACAAGUCCUAUACUUCAUCUGGGUCCAUCACCGAAAUCCAAAUUUGGAAUGUUACCACUCCUGCUGAAGGCAUAACGAGCCUCAGCUGGAACACACGACCCCGACGAAUUGCAUUGAUGGGCACUGUCGCGUUCCUUCCCGAGGAAGAGAAGAUUGAGCAGCUAGGACUCGAAGACGGCUGGCAAUCGCAGCUUGCAACGCGGUUCUCGUGUGGUAAGGAAGCGAGUGUUGUUACUGUCGAGGUUGCCUGCGAUGGCUGUAGAAUUGAAUUCGAGCAAUUGUUCUCAGUUCCUCCGUUGGCUUUCGAUCUGAUGGAGAUAGGAUAA